AUGGCUUCCUCCAAUCAAUCCUCGAUCUUGGUGCGCAAUGCACAACUUGAUGAUGCUACUCAAGUCGCUAAGCUUGGCUCUUUUGUCUUCAGCGCCACCUUUGGCCACUCAGUUGAGCCACACCAGUUGCAAAACUACCUCGACGAAUCCUACAGCGUAGCAGCAACCGCUGCAGAUAUCUCCAAUCCUCAAAAAGACAUGAUCGUUGCUACAAAAGAAGGGAAUGAGGAUAUUAUCGCUUUUGCUCUUUUGACUCGUGGCACGAGCGAACCGUGCGUCCAGCAUCUGCAAAAUACAGUGGAGCUACAAAGAAUAUACGUCCAUCCAAGUACUCAUGGACAGGGUGUUGGAAAAUUAUUAGCUGAUAGGCUGGAGAAUAACGCUCGAGAUCAGAAAUUCCAGUAUAUAUGGCUUGGUGUCUGGGAGGAGAACCACCAGGCAAUGAAAGCAUAUGAGAAAUGGGGAUAUAAGAAGGUCGGAGAGCAUGAUUUUACGAUAGGUCAGGUUGUACAAACAGAUCAUAUAUUACUGAAACAGCUCUAA